GCGGACGAAGAAAACUAUGUCCCUCUCGCUGGUGCGGAACGAUUAUCUCAGGUGUUUGUAAAGGUACGACAAAGACAAAUAUAUAUUUGAGAUUGUGGUCAAAAGUAUAGGUGUUCCCUAUAAAAACAUCAUGGCAGGCCUUUAUCGGCCUAUCACGCACUGACGGUAAAAAAUAUCAACUCGGUGCGGGAGGAGGCCUAUUGUGGCCCGCCGUCCCAACAGGCUGUUGGCGGCCCGAUACCGCACAGAGCGCCCGCCUCGCCAGUUAGUGUUGGGCAAGCUGUCGGAACUGACGUACGUCACGUUUUUUUUAUUCCUUAAAAUUAAAGGCACGAUGUCAGGCAACAAAAGAAAUAUAAAUAUUUUGGAAAAUAAAUUAAUUUUAACAAAUUAUUAACAAAUCGCACAAGUUCGGAGUUAAAAUUUACAAAUUAUGCACUCCAGAAGGAUAUACAUAUAAUUCAAUAAUUUAUUCCGGAAAAGGUGAAAAUGGCCCUGAAAAAAAUCAUAGUAAAGCCACCGUACUGAAACUAAUUCAAGGACUGGAAAACAAAUGCCGUGUAUUAAUUGCUGAUAAUUUUUAUUCUUCAAUAGAAUUGGCUGAACAACUUCUAUCUCUCAAAACCCGUUAUUGCGGUACCCUAAGAUCAAAUCGAAGAGGGCUACCUAAGAAUAUAGUAUCACUUAAAUUGAAAAAGGGUGAAAUCAGAGGAUCUAUGAACAAAAAUGGCGUUAAAGUUAUGAAAUGGGUUGACAAAAGGCAACUUCUGAUGCUAUCUACUCUCAAAGAGGACAAAGAUGAGCUUGUCAAUACAGGCAGAAAAAAUAGGAAGACAUACGAAGAUAUAAAAAAGCCUACAUGUGUCUUAACAUAUAAUAACAAAAAAAAAAGGUGUUGACUUCAGCGACCAAAUGUCUGCAUAUUAUUCUACAUUAAAAAGAGGGCUCAAAUGGUUCAGAAAAGUGGGUAUGGAAUAUUUGUUUGGCAUGGCGUUGGUAAACGCUUGGAUUAUAUACAACAUGAAAAAUGAGAAGAAGGUUUCAAAGAAAGAAUUUACAGAAGCAUUAAUACAAUCAAUUACUGGAAAAAAUUUAUGCCCUGAUAGAAAUCAAGUAACACCUACGGCCGAUCAUAUCCUUGAGAUGAGCGGUAAACGGCGAAAUUGUGUAGGGUGCUAUGAAAAACUGCGGGAAACCAUGAAGAGUUCCGAGGUGAAAAGGAAAGUAAAAAAAAUUAAAACAUACUGCAGAAUGUGCAAGCAAAAUCUUUGUGCGAAAUGUUUUAAAGACAGCCAUUAA